CCCAAGGGACGCUCGCCCGCUCCUUCGCCUUAGCUGUUCCCUUUAAGGACCGACUUCCCUCCAGAGGGAAAUUCCUGAAACCCAACAGUUGACAAACCCACACACCCUCGGGAGGGCUGGGCACCAGAUAAAAAGCCCUCCGAGGUAGCCCAGCCCCUCCUGGGGACGGCUGCCGCUGCCAGGGGACCCAGCAGAGCCCCUGACCUGCCGCCUAGAGCCCCAGCAGAGCCUGGGACCUGCCUCCAGGACCAGUCCCCCACCAGCAGAGCCCAGACCUGCCUCUAGGACCCUCCAGCAGAGUGUGGGGACCUGCUGCCUGGACCCCCAGCCAGAGUGCCCCACCCUGCCCACUCCCGGCCUGCCAUAGUCACCUGUGCCCUGGUCCUAAAAGGUGGUGAGCCCGGGGGACUUGCACCGGAGGGAAACGGGUCUUCUGUUUCUCUGGCUCGUUCUCAGCUCUCCGCAGCACCACCUAUUUCUGUCUUUCCUUCUGGAAAGUGUGCUUUGCCAGUGACUAAUUGCAGGUCGUGCCGAGAUUGCUAUCACCUGUCACCUGCACGCAGGACCCAAGCCCAUCGGGGAAAUGAAGAGAUAAAUCUGCGGCUGCAGCCCGACCUGCCAGGCCACCUGCCUCCCACAGGCAGCAACCAGAAGCUUCCCCACCGAGACCGCCAGGGCCACCUCUGGCCCCGCCAGGGGCCACUGGCAUGUGGCCGUCGAAGUGACCCCCGGGGGCCCCAUGGCCACCCCUGGAAAGGCUGACGCAGGCGUCUGAGGAGCAGCCGCCUCCCUGCAGGCUGAGCGGAGCCCUGGAUGGAGCUUGGCACCCAAGCCCCUCAUGUCUGCCCUGCUGAGGCUGUGUUUUGUGCUGCCCCUGGCAGCCCCCCGCCACAACGCACAGCGCUGGGAGCCCUGCACAGACCUGCGGCCCCUGGACGUCCUGGCGGAGGUGGUCCCUUCUGAUGGCGCCACAAGCGGGAUCAGGAUCGUCCAGGUUCAGGGUGCGCAGGGACUCCAGCUCUCCUCAGCCGCCCCUCACACCAUGAGCUUCCCCGCAUCCAGGAUUUUCUCCCGGUGUGACCUCUUCCCUGAAGAAUUUUCCAUCGUCAUAACUUUGAGAGUUCCCAAUCUUCCAGCCAAGGUCAGUGGCACUUUCUGCUCUUCGUGUUAGAAUAGACUUUUUUUCCCUUGUGAGGUUGCCAG